AUGGAAAAUGCAUCUUGGUGGAAUGAAAGAUUAUGGAAAUCAAUUGUUGAUCAUCCAAGUUAUUUGAAUAAUGGAUUGAAUGAAUAUGAACAAUCUAUUGGUGGAGUACGUUAUACAAGUCAACAAUCAUCGAAUAUAAAACAGAUGCGAUCAUCUAAUAUAUCAACUGUAUCGACAAUUCCCAAUAUAUCUAAUAUCUUACGGUCUAACAGUGAUUCCAAUUAUCAGAAUGUAACAAAUUUUGAUUCACAGACAACUACAUUCCAAGAUAAUUCAGCUCUUAGAUCAUCCAACCCACAAUUAUGUAGUAAUAGUUUAUUUCAACAGAUUUGUUCUAGACAUGCAAUGAAUAAUAUGCAUUCUAUCUAUGGAAACAGAAGUCGCCCUUUGGGUUCAUUACGUGUUUACUACUUGACAAGACCACAUACAGCAGCUACAUUUGGAAGAUCAGCAUCUCUACAAAGAGCACCACAGGAGUUACAAAAUAUCAAAUCCUACACGAAUGUUUCUUCUCCGUUAUCUACAAGACGACUAACCAGUAUUGAUCUUUGUUUUUCUAAAGAAAAUUCGUUUUCCACCCUAUUGCCUAGCACCACUUCCUCCUCUUUGAAACGGUCGAAUUCAAUUGACUGUAGUGGCAAAAUAUGUCAAUUACAUGAACGAUCUUCAACGCCAUCCUUGUGUGAAAACGCAAGUAAAAAGAUGUUAAAUCCUAACCUAUGUAAUAGAAGGAGAUCAGCCGUUAACGCCCGCAGUUCACUGGUAGAUACUGUUCAACAAAAGUCUCAACCUCUUCGUAGAGUUUCAUCUGCUUAUGGAAGUGAUAAAACACUCAGAUAUGGGAACAGAUCCACAAAUACAUUUAACGUAGAUCAUGAUCACACAGAUUACAGUCGCAUACGAAACAUCUUUGAAGGACCUACACAGCAAUGCCAAACACCUACCAGUCCUAAUGAUUUUAUAUCUUUAAAUAGUGCAAGAAAGUUGAAUGAUCAAAUGACUCCAAAAAAUCAUCAUACUUUAAUUGUUCAGAAUAAAACGUCUGACACAGAUAUCCAUAAACAAUUACCAAAAUCUUCUGUUUUAUCUGUAACCCCUGUAAGUUUUCAGAAUAUUAAAUUUUUCAAAAAUCCCUCGUCACCAAAAAGAUCAUUUAAACCCAAACUUGGUACACCAUUAAAUAAAUCUGAACAAAUCAAACCCUUUUUUGAGAAAUCCGAAAUAGCUUUUGUUCCUAUGAAUAAUACUAAACAAAAUACUACUAAACAUAUUACAGCAUCGGCUGGUAAUGAUAGUAAACUAGAAUAUAAUGCUCCAAGUCAAGUGGAAAAUAAGCUUCCAGUAGAACUGAAAUCCAGUGAUACAAUAAUAAUUGAGGAAGACCUCAAUGUAUGUAACAAGAGCAGCUCAAAAUGUGAUUUCUUUAAAAAUGAACCUGUAGAGAUGAUUGAAACAACAGCCAAUACAGCUAUUAUAUUCGAAGUUUCGGCAAAAGAAGAUAAAAAAGACUCUGUUAUACCAUUAAACGAAGAAUUAAGGGAUUUAUGUAAAUCACCAGAGUGUACAAAGGCAGCUUCUAGGUUUCUAAUGUCUGAUGAUCAGAUAUCAGUAGUAUUUAGAAAUCCAGAUACUGAAGAAUGCCAAUCACUGUCAAAAGUUGAUGAACUAUGUAGCUCCGAAGGAAUUGGUGCAAAAUUAGAUAUGGAACAUUUAAUUCCGUCUACGAAUAGUGAAAAUAAGAAUAACGAUUCGGAAGAUACUUUGCAAUCCGAAUUAAUUUCUUUUGAAAAUGACCAUUCAAGUUCAAAUUCAACACAUAAAUCAUUAGAAUUAAUUGAGGAACGGAAUGAGGAAAGUCAGCAUGACAAUAUAUUUGAUGAAAAUAUUUCAAAUACUCCAAGUGUGAACGAAUCCAUAACUGUGGAAGAUGAAUGCGGGGAAAUGUUACCCUCCGGUAAUCAAACUAAAGAGAUAAAGGGAUCCAUUCUACAUGAUGAGUUUGAGAAGACGAACAUGCAUGAUGAACCAUAUAAAUGCUUAUCGAUUUCAAAAUCAAAUAACACUGAACAAUUGCCUCAUAGUUUUUCGUCAUCAACUAAGCUAAUAACUCAGAAUAAUCUAUCAUACACUGAUGAAAACUUAUUACCCUGUAAUUCAGUUAUCACCAACUCUUUUCCUAUAAAAUCGAUACUUAAACGCCCUAAAAGUUUUGUAAAACUACAGACAGAUAGCAAAGCAUCUAACAAAACAUCGAACGUAACAGUAAACUCUGAAACCGGUUGCACUAUAUACAACACCAAUCAAACUGGUUUAACAUUUUAUAAUACUAAUAAUCAAGAAACUUCUUCUAUAAGACCAUUUUCAGCUAACUCUUGGAAAUCACAAAUACCUAAUGUUAUUUCCAAUAGUAUUAUUCGAAAUUUUGAUGGAGAUUUUAAUACUACUAAUAUAUCUACAACUAAUAAUUACAGUAUUACUACAAUUAGACCAAAAUCAUCUACACUAAAAAGUAAACUUUAUACACAAUCAAAAGAUAAAUUAACAUCAAAUCGUUCUAACAGACCCGGUGUACGUUUUGAUAUAAAAAAUAAUUCUAUACUUGAAUUCUAUGCACAUGAUAUAAUUAAUAAAUCAUAA